AGAGAGAAGUGGAUUUCGCGCACCGGACUCCGGAGUUGAACUGAGGUACAUCAAUGACUUCUUGUCGAUUGGACCCAGUAGUGCACCUGAUUAUGCCGAGAUAGCACUAUAUCCUACCACCACCACUUUUGUCAAUGAUGGCAUGCGAAGCUCUGAUGGACAACUUCACGGGGAGCGCGUCAGGAGGAGCUCAACAACUGCACCAGGCUUGCACGUGCAAGAAGAGGUGCAACAACUGUAACGUGUUUCUGGGGUUCUUCAUCCUGUCUCUGUCGCUGCACUUCAUCACCCUGUCCUGCUUCCUGGACCUACGGGGUGAGGUGAAGCGGGAGAUUGCGCUCAAGAAACGCGAGGCAGCGUCAGCCGCCAGCGAGGCUCCCCAGAUGAGGUACCACACCGCGGGGUUUGAGGAGGAGGAGGGGGUGCCCCCUGAACCCAGACCGCCCGAGCCACCAGAGGGGAUCGUGGCCAGACGCAGGCAGGUGACUGAAGGGUCCAACAGCAUACUGUGGCGGUCGAAGCGAGGCACGAACCGAAGACAUGACUCAGAAUCCUCCUCCGGUAGACGGAAAGAUAAAGGCAAGAAAGACAGGGAGAGGAAGAGGGAUCGGCCCCGUAGGCCUCCAGGCCCCCCUGGCCCACCGGGCCCCCCUGGUCCUCCAGGUCCUCCAGGGAUUCCGGGUAUUCCAGGGAUCCCAGGUGCCAACCCGCAGGGGCCGCCCGGACCGCCGGGGCCCCCAGGGCCAAAGGGGCCCCCGGGGCCACAGGGUCCCACAGGUGUUGUGGACAAGAACAAAUUAAAAGAAUUCCAGCCUGCUGCAGUUCAUUUGCAGGGCCAGGAGACAACCAUACAAGUCAGAGAAGAUCUUUCAGAGGGCGUCCUGAAGAACUGGAAGAUGAUCUCCGUGCACCACAAGGUCUUCAAGAUGCACUCGCGCUCGGGGGAGCUGGAGGUCCUGGUGGACGGCAUCUACUUCAUUUAUAGUCAGGUAGAAAUUUACUACCUCAACUUCACGGACAUCGCCAGCUAUGAGGUGCUGAUCGACCGCUCGCCGUUCCUGCGCUGCACGUGCAGCAUCGAGACGGGCCAGCGCAAGUUCAACACCUGCUACACGGCCGGCGUGAGCCAGCUGCGGGCGCACCAGCGCAUCUCCAUCCGCAUGGUGUACGAGGACACGCUCAUCAGCAUGACGGACCACACCACCUUCCUGGGCAGCGUGCGGCUCGGGGACUGGCCCACGCCCGCAUGAACUUACGGGGGGCCACAGUAGACACACACACACACACGUUCACGCACAAACACACAUAUGCACGCGCACAGAGGAGGGCACACGCACAUACUCACUCACUUUCACAGACGCUCUCGCUCAUGUACACACAUAUGCACACGCAGACAAACAAAACUGUCAUCCACACAAAGAUGUUCAAUCCCAGUCCCAUUAUGUCUGGUACAUAAUAACCCUUUAAAAUGUCAUGAAGUGGUGAGAACUGUCAGUUUCCCCAAAGCACAAUUUGGUGCUCGUAAAUGUCAUUUUCUCAUCUCAUCUCAUUUUCUCCUCAUUUCCUCAUCACGCCAUAUUCUUGCCAAAUCAGACAAAGGGAAGGAAAGGGAAAUGUGCAAAUUUGAGAGUGAAAACAUAGAAGUCGAAAAUUUGCUGUCAAAUAGUUGAAAGUUCAUCGCUAGCGCAGGACAACACACUUGCAGUUAAGUCGUAAUUUGUACCCCAGAGGGAUUCCUCGGUUUUUAUCCCUGCCUUUGCUAAAUUGCUGGGUGAUGGACAAAAUAAUUAGGUCAAGAUCAUGCACCUCUCUUUUUCUUUUUCUUUCCUUUUUCUUCAUCAAGUAACAUCCCGCUUGCACGCAAUUCACACAGUUCAGUGUAUACAGUAUACCCACACGCAGUUAUGGUGUCAGAACAUCUAACCAACCAUGUGUUGACUGCCUAGCACGUGCGAAUGAAGGAAGCAACCGAGCAUGAACACAAAAUCACACAGGCCAACGCACACACGCACGCACAGGCAAACAGAGGCAAGCACAUAUUGAGGGUGAACGGCAUCCACGCCGACUUAACCAACCGCAUAAUUACUUUGCACUGGGUCAUGGCCAACCAUGCACUGACUGAGCGAUGUUGUACACGCAAACACACACUUGCAGUCACAGCAACAUCAGCUUAACCGCCACUCCAUCAUUCUGUCCCAGCACGCUGACAAGAUGCACAUGCAACUCUGAGCAACCGUGUACACAAAUAUACAGAGGAGCAGAGGAAAACCACAGUCACAUACACACAUGGCACGGAGGGCCAACUGACACCGAGCCCUGGGCAUGGCAGCCAGCGGAGGACAAGACCCGGGGACUACCAAACAUGAAACUUCAUACAGCUGGCACGCCGAACUGUUCCAGAAAAGUGAUCAGUUUAAUCCCGGUCUUGGGACACGCUCCGAUUCACACAAGUGCGCGCAGACCCACGCAGUUCCCAUACACCCUCCACGGCUCAUUUGUAGCCAUCGUCAAACAAGGGUCCUGCCUCAAAUCUGCGAAACCCUGCCAAACAUUACUCCUCUGCUAUUCGACCAAGAAGGACUGUGACGUUCAGGGAAAACUGAGCACGAAGCAUCAACAUUUGUUUUUAAAAAAGAGACACUGCCACGCAAUGUGCCUUUUAAGAGUGUAUUUAAAGGAAUCACUGAUUUAUUUUUUACAGAAGUUAUUAGUUAUCCUUUACACUACACGUUGUAUAUAUAUGUACAUAAAAUAGGAUAUACUUUUUUGCUGUAAAUGAAACCAUGUGACAUUAAAUAAGUCCCCGUUUGUAAUCUAACAGAGUGUUGUAUCCUCAGAAAGGGUGUUGUUGUUUGACUUUGUGCUUUUUGCUCUGAACUCAUCUGUACGGCAGGGGCCAAGUUGGAUGCAUGUACGCCGCUCUGCCACGUCCAAUUAUCUGUCACAGGAAAAAAUAUAUCUCCUCUCAAACGUUUAAAAUAUAGAUCCCAUUUUUUUAUACAAUGUGGUUCUAAUUCUACAAAUUGUGCA